AUGACUGAAAUUGCAGCCUACUUAUUGUGCUGUGCCACAAUUUCGUUUGUUUAUUGAUUCAUACGUACAUACAUAUGUACACAUGUAAUUUGAAAAACACGUGGCUAGCAGUUCGUUCAUAACCUCAAAUCUUUAUUAUGUAUGAAUAAAUUAAUAAAAUCCAGUUACGAUGCCAUGGAAAUUUGAAAAAGAUGUUAUUUACACAUGCACACAGAGUAACAAAAAGAAUGGAAAGAAUCAAGAUAAAAAGAAUUUCUCGAAAAUAAAAACGUUCUAUAUGGGACUGAUGUGUUUCGUGAUAUACUGUUUAAGUUGUAUCACUUUCGAAGCCAAAAACCAUUUUCCUCACGGGAAACUAAUGACCAAAUCUGCGGCAUUUAAUGCUCUUUUUCGACGAAAUUAUAAUUUAAAAAUUGUAAUACUAGUAACGAACAUACUCACAGGACUUAUAACUACUCUGAUGAUAACUAUCGCUGAUAGAUACGAUAUUCCCUACCUAUAUUUACCAUGGUUAGUGAAUACCAUGAAAGGAAUUGCUCUGUGUGAAGGACCAGCGCUUUUAAGCUUGGCCAAUGUACUUCUACCUAACAUUACUCUCCCCACUGCAACUUUUAUACUUAUAACUUUCUUUCUAUAUGUCGAACAACUUUACAUUUGGAAUAAUGUAUUCAUAAAAUUCCAACACUGCUGGGAGAAUUAUCACAAUGAAAAACUUUCUGUUAUAGAAAAAACAAAAGAGAAGUUAUUUACCACGCGUAAUAAAAAGUUAAUGUGUCAGAAUAAUGUUAAUAACGAACUACAUAUUGGUAUUGAAAAGUUGAAAUCUGAUAAAAAACCGAUCGAAUUCUAUGACAACAUUAACAAACAAAUUUCUACUGAAAUUCGUUUAAGGCCGAUUAAAAAUGCCACUAAAGAUAAUGAUAAUUUUAUACAGAAUCAAUUAUUGGAUAUAACUGGAUAA